CCACCAGAAGGAACACAGAGCUACGCUCCUCCUUAACGCCUCCAAACCCUUUACUUUCCCUUCUCUCUACAACUCUUUAAAUCUGGUUAUGAUCGCUGCAAUCGAAGGGGACCCUGAGAGCCUAAGCUCUUCUCCAGCUCUCGGCUUCCCCGACACCAGAUUCUUCCGUUACCGCAGAUUGAGGUGAUCGAUUUUCAAACUCAUUACACAGAGGGAAAAAAAAAUGCCGAACCCUUUGAAGAGUGGGAAUCGAAGAGGGAUAGAAGACAAUGGAAAGGGAGCGAGGAAAUUGAAGAACAAAGCAGAGUCUUUUCACGGGAGAACCCAUAUGACUGGGGUGGGAAUUCGCCGGCCAAAUACAGACCCUGAUCUGCUUUCUGCCGGAAAAUUGCAGGAGAUUCCGCCUGAGAUGCCGGUCAGGAUGACGAAGUUGCUGCUGAACGUGACGAUACUGAGGAGCUUGGGAGCUAUUCAAGUUGUGAUGUCGCCGGAAUCGACGGUUGGGGAUCUGAUUGCUGCUGCGGUGAAGUUGUAUGCUAAAGAGGGGCGAAGGCCCUUACUGCCCACCACGAACCCAGCCGGUUUUGAUCUCCAUUACUCGCAGUUCAGCUUAGAAAGUUUAGCUAAGGAGGAGAAGCUGAAAGAAUUGGGGUCGAGGAAUUUUUUCUUGUGUCUUACGAAACCAGCCGUAGCUCCGGUGGAGGGAUCUUCUUCCUCUGCUUCGUCGUCGUCUUCGUCUGUAGCAGCGGCGGCAUCGUCAUCUUGUUCGAACCAAGCUGAGAAGGUUUCCAAGUUUGGUAUUCCAUGGCUUAGGUUCAUGGAUUUCUCGCUUUAAUUCGUUGGGAUAGAAGGAAAGGAUGGA